ACUUGAUAUUGCAAAAAGUACAGAAUCUGAUUAUUUGAAUGAAAUGAUUCCAUAUAUUGAUCCCAAAAUUUUAGAUGAUCGGUCUUAUGAAUAUGAUAAGAAAUCAGAUAUUUAUAGUUUAGGAGUUCUUAUGUGGGAAUUAUCUAGUGGUAGACCUCCCUUUAUUUAUAGUGAGACAGAGAAAUCUUUAGAAAUUCAAUUAAUAAUAAGUGGUCAUAGAGAAGAAUUAAUUCCUAAUACCCCUAAUGAAUACUCGGACUUAUAUAAAUCAUGUUGGAAUCCUGAACCAAGUGAAAGACCAUCUAUUAAUAAAGUUUUUAGUAAAUUAGGAAAAGUGUUAUACACUCAAAUAAAAACAAAUUUGAAGCCAGAAGAAUUGAUCAAUUCCAUUAGAAAUAAUUAUUUAGCUAUAGUUGUUAAUAUAGAUGAAUUAUCAAAUAUUGAUGAAAAUGCUACUUGGAAAAAAAAAGACUGUUCCUUUCCAGUAAUUUGUAAAAAAUAUAAAUGUGUCCAAUUAAAUGAAGCUUUCAUUCACAAAUUAAAGAUGUAUAGAAAAUUCAAUUUCUGUUCAAGAAUUGUACGUAUAUUUGGUAUAAGUUUAUAUAUAAAUGCUAAUAAAUUUUUACUGAUUAUGCAACAUGCUAAUGGUGGAAAUUUACGCCAGUAUCUCAAGGAUCAUUUUUCAAAAUUAACUUGGGAUGAUAAAAUGAAGUUAGCAUAUCAAAUUCUGAAGGAAUAAAAUUUCUUCAUGAUGCAGAUAUUAUUCAUCAAAAUUUGCACCCUAAAAAUAUAGUAAUACACAAAAAAGAAGCUAAAAUUAUGCUUGAUAUUGUAAAAAGUAUAGAAACUGAUUAUUUGAAUAAUUAUGAAAUGAUUUCAUAUAUUGAUCCUAAAUUUCUAGAAAACUAUUCUUAUGAACUUGAUAAGAAAUCGGAUAUAUAUAGUUUAGGAGUUCUUAUGUGGGAAUUAUCUAGUGGU